AUGACAAACUUGAGUACACUUGUUGGCUGCCUUGUUAUCAUCUUCUUCAAUGUGGUCGGACCGGCCUCUUCCGCUACUCAUUCCGUCGAAUGGUCGCUGGGAAAGGACUAUACCUCGUUGGCUACCGGGAAGCCCUACGCUGUCGGUGAUACAAUGGUGUUCAACUACGGUGGGGGUCACACGGUGGACGAAGUGAGCGAAAGUGACUACAAGAGUUGCACAGUGGGGAACGCAAUUAGUUCCGACAGUAGCGGAACCACAAGAAUAGCUCUCAAGACAUCUGGUACUCACUACUUCAUUUGCGGUAUCCCCGGCCACUGCGACGGUGGCAUGAAGCUCUCUGUUACCGUCGCUGGGGCAGCCUCUUCAGGCGGUGGUGGAUCAGCCUCUUCAGACGGUGGUGGAGACGGUACCACCGCCAAAACUACACCCCUAGAAGGCGGAAAGGCUAGUCCUUCUGCUUCUGCCACGGCCUUGUUGAAGCCUUUGGAGGGUUUGGUUGCGACUUGUGUAGUUGCAUUGUUAUAUGCUUUGGCUCUUUCUUAG